CUGGUCUGGCCAGAAGACUGCUUGCAAGGAGGUCUUUGCUGGGCUCAGUUUUAUAUUUAGCUGAAAACGGUAGCUGUUCAACUCCCUACGCUAUCGACUUACACCUUUGGAACUCAACCUGCCGAACAGACUAGAAAGGAACCUCUUCAGCAUGUUGAUCUGGAUCGGCUUGAAGGGUUGAGCCUGGAGCCUCAGUCUCUGGAUGAGCUAUUUUGCCCACUGUUAGAUGAAUAGCUCCUCCUGAGGAGCCUUCUGACCAGGAGUGCUCCACACAUGGAGUUUUGACACAGGGGAACAAGCUGUGAUCCCAGUUGUUGUUUUUUGCACCCUCUUGGGGAAAUUUGACUGCUGUGUGACAAGGCAUGGAUGGGAGUCUGGUGCCUGUCGAGGGGUGCACACCCCAUCAAAGAAAUCUCAAUGAUAUGGGGUCCAAAUCUUCUACUAAGAAAUCUAAAAGAGCUGUUCUCUUUUUUGAGGUGGAGCUCCUGGAUGCCAAGACCCGGGAAAAGCUGUGCUUCCUGGACAAGGUAGAGCCUAAUGCCACAGUAGCAGAGAUCAAGAACCUCUUCCAUAAAACCCAUCCUCAGUGGUAUCCAGCCCGGCAGUCUCUGCGACUAGAUCCCAAGGGAAAGUCUCUCAAGGAUGAAGACAUCCUUCAGAACUUACCCGUGGGCACCACUGCAACCCUAUAUUUCCGGGACCUGGGAGCACAAAUCAGCUGGGUGACUGUCUUCCUCACAGAGUAUGCUGGGCCGCUACUGAUUUAUUUGCUCUUUUACUUCCGGGUGCCCUUUAUCUAUGGUCGGAAGUAUGACUUCACUUCCAGCAAGUACUCUGUUGUGCACCUGGCCUGCAUCUGCCACUCUUUCCACUACAUCAAGCGCCUCCUGGAGACUCUCUUUGUUCAUAGGUUCUCCCACGGCACAAUGCCCUUGCGUAACAUCUUCAAGAACUGCACUUACUAUUGGGGUUUUGCUGCCUGGAUGGCAUACUACAUCAACCACCCUUUGUACACUCCACCUGCAUAUGGACAUGAGCAAGUGAAACUGGCACUUAUUCUGUUCCUGUUUUGUCAGCUGGGAAAUUUCUCAAUCCACAUUGCUCUGCGAAACCUGCGCCCACCUGGUUCUAAGACCAGGAAGAUCCCAUAUCCUACCAAGAAUCCUUUUACGUGGCUUUUCCUAUUUGUCUCCUGCCCUAAUUAUACCUAUGAGGUGGGAUCCUGGGUUGGCUUUGCUAUCAUGACUCAGUGCCUUCCUGUGGCUCUGUUCUCCCUGGUUGGAUUUAUCCAAAUGACCAUCUGGGCAAAAGGGAAACACCGAAGUUACCUGAAGGAGUUCCGGGAUUACCCACCACUGCGUUCACCAAUUGUCCCCUUCCUGCUCUGAGCUGGAGGCAGCUACCUCUAGAUCUGGGCCGGCAGUUUUGUUUUGUUUUUCAACCUUGUGAGCAGCUGUUUUUGGAGCCUAAAAGUAGGGUUGUCUCUUGCUGUCUGCACAAUGAUCAGAGGGAAACUGUAGGGAUUCCUUGAUUCUGUAGGUUACUGUUCCACUUCCCACCCUCCUCCAGUAUCUUUCUCUGUAUCCCAGUCAAGAGCCUUGAGCUUAGAAUCUCCUUUCCCUAGAAAACAUUAUAUAGCCAAAUGCUACAGCAAAGAGGGAACAAUUCAAUUGUACCAUGAUUAAUCACCACAGAAGGAGCUGCUGGGCAUUACAUUUGCAAGAGCAGGUGCCAAAAACAGAAUCUAGGGAGCCUGAGUGCCACCCAAAGGCAAAAGUUGUUUUAUCACUCUAGCUGCUUGGGAAAACAGGGGCUAAUUCCACUACUCAAUGAAAUUUAAGAAGGGCUAUCUGCCUCUUUGGUUAAGUAUGCCCUACAGUGGCAAGUACUGGUAUGGCAUAACCCUACUGUAUGACUUCCCUUUCUGGAAUGUUUCUCCAUACUAAAAAUUCUCUUAAGACCUUUCUGGGAGGAGGAGAACCCAAUAAGGACUUCUUGAGGAGGUUGUCUUCAUAGCAAGUUAUAUAGCAAGACCUUGUGUACCCUUUGGCCCCAUUUAACAAAUAGGUACUUGUGCUUGAGACCUGAAUUUUGAAAUCAAUGGUAUGAACAAGCCUGCCAGUAUGUUUUUCUAAGUCAGGCAAUGUAAUUGUAGCCGCCUAUUGUGACCAGUGGGGUUUACAAUUGUGACAAGGGUAUGUAUUCACAAGAUACACUGCUGUACAAGUAAAGGAGACAAAGCUGGUGUGAUGUGAGAGCAACUGGAGCUUCCAUAGGUGCCAUCACAUAGUCUUAAGCACAGAUGCCUCCCCUUUCCUCUAAAUUGUGUCUUAGUAGCAAUUAGGAGCCUUGUUUCUUUUCCCCAUGCCCCAAGCUUGGUAGAACACUAUUCUCCAAGUUUACUGUGCUGUGGGAGAUAGUAAGGUAGGUUGUCUUUAGUUGGAAAGCGAGGUCAUUGAAGGGAGUCUUUGAAAAGCUAGUCUUUUCUGCAGAGCCUGCUCUCUAUUCCAUUGUCAGUCUCUUCAAGCAUUUUGGUCUAGCUCACUUAGGUGUUUGGUGUGGUACUGACAGCAUCAGGACUGUUAUUAAAAGCUAUACCUAUAGCUGCACUGAGAAACUCCUGGAAAAAAUGACUGCUUUGAAACAAGCUUUGUAGCCAUUUCUUGUUACUUUAAAAAAAAAAGGCCCGCAUUCUCACAAUAGAGAAUAUUCAGUGUUACGGAAAUGAAGCAUCUGUGCUUGACAGUCUCCUUGUGAGGACUUUCUUAUCUUUUCCUGUUUGUCUUAAUGUAAUCAAGUUUAUGAUCCUACAUACACUUAGUUGGGAGUCAGCCCCAUUUACCUCAGUGGGACUUAUUUAUAAGCAAAUCAAGUUGGUCAAAGAUCAGCUUUAAAUUUGCAAUAGUCUUAUGCUGCAUGUGAGCGGGAAGAUACAGGAAACCUGCUAGGCUCCAUGGCAGCUGUUUAAGAUGAGCCACUUGACUAGCUAUGGUCUGUUUCACGUGGAACUGUCUUCUUGAAACUAUACCAAUAAAAAUAAUCCAGCCA